GCCAACGGUUUUUCAAACGGAUGGAGGCACCUAUACUACUUAACCUCGAAAAAAUCCCAUUUUUGCCUAAACAAGUCCCAGCCCACGAUGUAAUACACUGGAAUUCAGUGAUAAAACAUCAAGCAAAGCUGAAAAAUGACAGAGCAAUACUUACUACAUACGCCCAUAUGGAAGCUUUGGGCAUCUUGCCUAAUAAUACAACAUUGCCUCUGGUUUUCAAGGCUUGUGCAAAUUUGCAAACCCUUGAGAGAGGCAAGAAGAUACACGAGGAUAUGAUGGGUUCCCCUUUGAUCAAUGAUAUCCGGGUUGGGACUAGUCUUGUUGACUUUUAUAGCAAAUGUGGCUGUCUUGAAGAUGCUUAUUGCGUAUUCGAUGAAAUGCCGAAAAGGGAUGUCGUAGCCUGGAAUGCGAUGAUUUUGGGGUGUGUGCAGUGCAUGGAAUAUGAGGGAGCGUUGUUUCUUUUCAUGGAGAUGCAAGAGGAGAAUUUGAGGCCUAAUUCUAGGACGGUUGUUUCAUUGCUUAAGGCAUGUGGUGAGCUUUCAGAGCUGGGCCUUGGGAAAGGAAUCCACGGGUAUUGUUUGAGGAAUGGACUUAUGGAAAUGAGCAGUCAUGUGGAUAGUGCUUUAAUUAGUUUCUAUUCAAGAUUUGACAUGACAACUGCUAAUCAUGUUUUCAGAUUGUUGGGUUCAAGGAGCACUGUUAGUUGGAAUUCGAUGCUUUGUGGGUAUUUUGAUGCUGGUCAUUACUUGAAAACUGUAGAUCAUUUUCUCUGGAUGCUCAAGGGGGGAAAAGAAUAUGAUCAUGUUACUGUUCUAGUUAUUAUUCAGGCCUGUGCGGAACUGGGACUUAUUGAGCUGGGAAUGCAAGUCCAUCAACUUGUAAUUAAACAUGCCUUCAGUGAAGAUCUGCACACAUUAAAUGCAUUGAUGAAUUUCUACAGCAGCAUGGGGUACUUGAAAUGUUCAUUUGAUCUAUUUAUCUCUGUUCCUAACAAAGAUGUUGUUCUGUGGAAUUCAAUGAUUUCAGCUUGCAUUGAUAAUGGCUUGAAUGAUGAAGCAAUUAAAAUGUUCACUGAGAUGCAAAUAGAAGGCAUUAGACCAAAUGACAGUUCUAUUAUUAGCAUGUUAAACUUAUUUGCAGGUUUGGAAAAAGGAUUGACAAAUGGAAAAAGGUUGCAUGCUUAUGCAAUUAAGUUUGGAAUGGAGGCCUUUACACUCUGUCAAAUUGCUUUGUUGAAUAUGUAUGGAGUUUUAAAUUGCGUUGAAGAUGCCUUGAACAUUUUGUCUGAGACAAAUGAUUCAGAUGUAGUUUCUUGGAACACUUUAAUUGCUGCAUUGGCUCAUAAUGGAUUAAGAAGCCAAGUAUUCUUACUCUUUAGGCAGAUGCAGGAAACAGAUGUCAAACCAAAUGGUCACACAGUAAUUUCCAUUCUUGCUGCUUGUGAUGAUGAUACCUUUCUGAACACUGGAAGAUCUUUCCAUGGUUAUGUAGUAAAAAAUGGUCUGGAAGUAGAUGCAGCACUGAAUGCUGCACUGACUGAAAUGUACAUGAAUUGUGGUGAUGAGGCAAACGCUAAGUAUCUGUUUGAGGGCUUCAGAAAAAAAGAUUUGAUCUCUUGGAAUGCCAUGAUUUCCAAUUAUGUAAACAACAACCGACCUCAAAAAGCUUUGUUGCUUUUCCAUCGCAUGAUUUCGGAAGUUGAACCCAAUUUCUCAACAGUGGUAAGCGCUCUUUCUGCAUGUGCAUAUCUAGCAGAACUUUCUCAAGGCCUUUGUUUACAUGCCUACAUAACACGAAGGGAAUCAUUAAUGGGUUUUCAUUUGCCUGUGGCAAAUGCUUUAAUAACUAUGUAUGCAAGAUGCGGCUGCAUGAGAUAUGCUGACUAUGUAUUUAGUUCCUUACGAAAAAGAAAUUCAGUUUCUUGGAAUGCAAUAAUAGCUGGCUAUGGCAUGCAUGGCCGAGGACAUGAUGCUGUUCUUGCCUUCUCACAAAUGUUAGAAGAAGGGUUCCUGCCCACAGAUGUUACAUUUGUUUCUGCUUUAUCAGCUUGCAGCCAUUCUGGUUUGAUAGAAAAAGGAUUGCAGCUUUACCACUCAAUGGUUCAGGACUUUUACAUAACCCCAAAACUUGUCCACUAUGCUUGCGCCGUGGAUCUAUUGUCACGAGGUGGGCAUUUAGAUGAAGCCAUGCAAUUAAUUAAGUCUAUGCCAAUUGCUCCUGAUGCAUCAGUGUGGCGAGCUCUGCUUGGUGCUUGUCGAAUUUAUUCUGAAACCAGAUAUGCCAAAAUCAUUUUUGAAAAGCUUGUUGAAUUGGAACCAACAAAUGCAGGUAAUUAUAUUUUGCUUUCAAAUGUCUAUGCUGCUGCAGGCCAUUGGUCAGAGGUCAGAAAAUUGCGAAUACUACUUGAGAAAAAGGGUUUGGUAAAACCUCCUGGAAAAAGUUGGAUUGUGGUUAAAAAUAAACUUCACCAGUUUACUGCUGGAGACAAGUCACAUCCUGAAAGUGACAAAAUCUAUCAAAAGUUGUCUUAUUUGGUGUCAUCAAUUAAAAGAAUGGGGUAUGUUCCAGAUGUUUGUUGGGUUCUCCAUGAUGAAGAACCUGAAGAAAAACUCAGAAAGCUACUAAGCCACAGUGAGAAGCUUGCUAUUGCUUUCGGAUUGAUGAAUGCAGGUGCUAGGUCACCAGUUUUGAUCACAAAGAACCUGAGGGUUUGUGGUGAUUGCCAUGAGUUUAGUAAGCAUGUCUCCAGAUUAGUUGGCAAAGAAAUAAUUCUGAGAGAUGGAAGUCGUUUCCAUCAUUUUAGCAAUGGUAUCUGUUCAUGCAAAGAUUAUUGGUGAGGAGUGGUGUAAUGAUCCCACAUCGGCUAGGGAGGAAGUCCUGGGGCUGCUUUAAUAGCCUGUAGUGGUCUCUCCCACCUGACCGAGGCCUUUUGGAGGGGUGCUGGGCUUCUUGACCUGCGGGCUUGGGCUCUUCACUUGUUGUGGGCUAUAACCCCAUCUCCAGGAACAAAACCCACGGCCCAAUGGGGUGGUUAACUGUGGGACAAUAUUGGUCAGGGGCGUUAGAAGUGGUGUGAUUGCUAGUUCAGAUCAGGCUUCCAUUCUAAGUCUAAUCUUUUGGAGUAGUAACUCUGGAUCAAGAGGAAGGUCAAAGUUCAACUUACGAAUUUUGGAAUCUUACUCUUUCUGUCUCCAAUUACCAUAAUCCAGCUAUAGACUGGAUGCAACAUUUUCAAAGGUGAGGUGCAAAUUUGUCUGAAUAAAAUCUUCCCUUCUGGUGGAAUCUUUUUGGUAACUUCUUGGUGGCAGUAAUAACAGGUGCAGUGUACUUUGCAUGUUUGUAUGGGGACACUUAAUCUUCUUUACAUGUUUAACUUAUAACCAUUGAUUUCAGAUUUUUCUUUACAAAAAAACUUGUGUUUGAAAUUGUGAUUAGGAUUGUAUGUCUUAUGUGAUUGCUAAUGCUCUUUCAAGUGAAUGGUAUGCUUUUCAGUUGAACUGGAUCAUUUGCAUCUAGAAAUAAAGUAUAACAUCAAUUUGACUAAGAUAGCAAUAUCUGCUAGUAUUAGAUAAGAUGAUAGUUUUGGUUCAGUUUAUGUCAUCUUACCAUUUCAUAGAAUCCUUCAAUGAAUAUAGAAUAGAGAAGGAAAGUAACUCCCCAGUAGUGCCCAUUUUGAGUCCCAAAAACUGGCAUGCUUCUCAGUUUUUCCGUUUAUUCCUUUUUAUGGCAUUUUUGUUUUGGCAACAAAAUAACCAGCAAGUGAAAAAUAUUGCCGUGCCUGGAUACAACCUUCAUCACUUAGAAAAAGAACACCAUAUUUGUUUUAUUAACCAAAAUUUGUAGCUACUUAAUGAGGAGCGAACUGCCUAUGUAUCAGCAUACGUGAACAUUUUAUGAUUUGAGUUUUUAUCAGUGCGUUUGUCUUUGGUCCUGAGAACUAUGCCUCAACGCCAAAUCGGUGGUAUUGAUAGUUUGGGUGUUCUACCCAACUCUCUAGCAUAUACAAUUUUCAGCUGAACUGGAUCAUUUGCACUGGUUACAUAUACAAUUUUCAGCUGAACUGGAUCAUUUGCACCUGGAAAAUAAAGCAUAACAUGGUUAUAUCUGCUAGUGUUAUUCGAGAUGACAGGUUUUAGCUGAUUUCUUUUUUCAAUGAAAAACAUGUUCCUGGAUAAGAUCUUCAUCAUUUGGAAACUACUUGACAAGUAUGGUGGAAGUGAGUACCCUCACAAUUUAUUGGCGCUGUUAAAUUGGCACUGUUGGAUUGGAUGAUGGAUACUGCAGCAAGUCACAAGGCUCAAUUCAAGAUGUAUUGUUUGUAAUAGAUAUCAAUAGCCAGAAUUUUUGUGAGAAAAGGACUCAGUUCUUUCUUUAACAAACAAAAGAAACAGAUUAGUAAAAAAAUUUCAACCGAUGAGUUUACA